GUCCAUUGCCAUUUACUAGCCCUCGGUGAAUGGCAGGAAGGAUACGGCAAGAAGACUAACAUUACAAGAGAGAUUACAGUAGGGGUUAGACAUCGGGAAGAACUUCAAGGUCGGCCCCAGGCAUGCGAGGUGGUUCGAGUGCUUUUUUGGGACGGGCAUACCGAGUUCUGCUCUAAGACAAGCCUACUUCCAGAGGCAGAGGGAUGACUGAAGUGGCUUCGGGAGAGCCCUGGUUUGGGGAAUGGGAACCACUCAGCUGCAGGUGUCCGUGGCUCAGAUUUGAGGAAAGCAUCACAUGGGGGACAUGAUCACUCUUCAUCCUUUGUUCUUAUUCCCCACUCCACCCCCUGCCCUUUUCAUCUGUAGUUGCUUCUCAGAGCGCUUUAAUCAGAUCUCAAGGCAGGGGCAGCUGACCCACUUCCUGAUACCGAGUCAGGGUCAAGAGCCAGAGGGGACAGGAUUUUGGCCUCAGAACCCCCAACCUUGAUGGGAACAGAGGAGCUAGAAACCCCAGACUCCCAGUAUCCAGGGUGUCCAGCCUCAGGAGUGGCCCCUACCAAACUGCUCCAGGGGACCCCUCCCAGCAGCCGGGAGGGUGGAGCCUGGGUGGGGCCACAGGCGGCACUGGGCACGGUCCCCACCCCUUGUAAAACAUGCUGCCACAGCCAGUAACAGAAACCAUUAAGGUGGAACUCUACCAUCUCCACCUCUGUAAAGGGCAGGUAGGAGCAGCCUGCAUGGGAGGGAGUGUGUAGAGCCCAGUGAGGGCCCUUAGUGUCCUCUGUGACUCAGCCGCCCACGUAGGGUACAGGGACAGACCGUCCCAAGGAAACCUCCAACCUUGCCCCUCACCUGCCAAUCUGGCUUCCAGGUGUGAGCAAGGAAGUUGAGGUGUUCCCGAGGUGGGGCUGUGUAGCAUAGUGGUUAGGCACUCUAGCUUUGAAGCCUGUGUCUGAAUCCUGGGGAGCAUCAUUCACUAGCUGAGUGAACUUGGGCAAGUCAGGUUAACCUCUCUGAGCCUCAGUUUCCUCGUCUAUAAAAUGGGGGUGAUAAUACAGCACCUCCUUUCUGGGGUAUAAUAACUCACCCAGUUGUUCCUGGUCCCCUUGAGGAUUUCCUCAGAGAGGUCCCUCCUGAAGAAAAAGCAGAGAUGAGGGCCUAACUGACAGCUCUGUGGACCAUAUACACAUCCACAGGACCAGCUUCAACAUCUUUAAAUGCAAAUGGUCCCAGCGCAUCAUUUUACUUAUAACGAAACUGAGUACAGAAAAGGGGAAGUGACUUGUCCAAGGUCACACAACCAGCCAACAGGGUGUCCCCCCGCUCCUACCCCACAAAUGCCCCCUCUGCCUUAAUACUGGGGUACUGGGAAAAGAGUCUCUGAGGGGUGGGGAGAUAUGCUGGGUGGAAGGAACAAAAGACCUGGCUGUUUGUGAGAAGGACACAGAGCAAAGAUUUGAUAACACUGGUUGUUGAUCCUGUGUUCAUUCUUUCUGAGGAAUUUCUUCCUCAUCAUGCUUCCUACUCAGGUUAGCAUUUCUUUCUUCCCUCCGACUCCAGGAAAGAUCAAGUCUACUUCUUCUAUCCCUACCCCUGCCCUCCCACUCCUCAAGGAUCAUGGAAGAAGGAAAAGUUCUGAGAGUAGGGGGUAGACAGAAUACCUGGAUACUAAAGUGGUCUUCUGCUAAAGUUUUGCCAGCGUUGCACCCCUGGAGUGGUUUGGGGGCGUAACUGGGGCUCUGAGGCCUGAGACGCAGGAGAUGUGGUUUUCAGUUUUAACUGUGUGGCCCUGGGCAUGUCAUUUCUCUCUGGACCUUAAUCUUCUCCCCUGAAAAAUGGGAUUAAUGACAUUUCUCCCCUACCAGUGGUGUAUGAUAAAUGCUCACCCACCAGCUCUCCAAAAAAAAGGACUAAUUUGUAGCAUUUGCAAAUUUCCUUGGGUAAAUAUUCCCACCAAGGCCAAUUUGGGCCAAUUUCACCAAAAAUGGAUUUGGAAAGAGAUGGGUACAGUUGGCCCUCACAAGUCCAUAGCAGCUGACUCCAGCACACCACUGCCUGCUACUCUCUGGGGCAAAGGGAGGAUGAAAUGAGAUGAUCGAUACAAAGGUGCUUUGUCAACUGCAGAGUGCUUUAUAGAUGUGCAGUUGUGAUUAGGAAAGUCCUUACAGUCCAAGGGACCCCAGGGCACUGUCCACCACUGAGAGCCCUGGCCUAACUCUAGCCCAAAAAGAGAGCAGACUGUGGGUUGUGGAAGCCCACCCUGAGUGGCAGGGUCAUGAGUGCCAUCAGGGGUAGCUCCUGGGAUCCAAGGAAGGAGGAGAGCUGACUGGACCUCCUGCACUGGUUUGCUGACGAUAUUUGCAGACACACAUCCUAUCGUGCCCCCUGAAACUGCAGCAGGUAGCGUAAAGAUUAGUCAUCAAUGAAAGAUUCCUCGUGAAUGCAGAUGCCAGAGCCCAGACACUGCAACCGUCAGAGAGGCCUCUUGAGGGAUCCAAAGCAAGAGUCGCCUCCCCUUCCUUCCUACUCUAAUCCCUGGGAGUUUCUGCAGCCAUUCUCCCUCAGGGGAAAGGCUAAAAUGAUCUCUGAGGCCAGAGGGUCAAGAGGAGAGAAGUGUAGCCUCUGCCAAUGGGGGAGGAUGAUGUCAGGGAGACGGAGGUGGGAGGCAGGAAAGAGGAGUUCCCUCCGCUCUCCUGGUCCUCACCCCCAGAGCUCAUCAUUUAGGAUAACUCUGUCCCACUGCUAAUAUUAAUAAUAGCUAUCAUUUACUGAGCACAUCCUAUGCAUUAAGUUAUUUGCAAGCAAUAUAUCACUUAACCCUCCAGAGAGGUACGUACUAUUAGCCCUAUUUUAUAGAUGAGGAAACUGAGGUCCGAGGAAGGAUGCUGAGCGAGUUGCCCAACCAAAGUCCCACUGUUAAGUGGGAUUCAAACCCAAUCCUGACUCUAGAGCUUCGGAACUAGAUAAUGCAACUUUAAGAGCUCCACCAGCUACUUGAGAAAGGGGUCAGGGACUAAUGCAGCCUCAUCCCUCUCUCCACAAGGGGGGAGGUGGGUCCACAAGCCCUGUUAUCAGAGGAGCAAAAGGAGAUACAGAGAACUGCACUGUUUCUUCAAAGUCACACAGCCAGGAAGUGACACAGCUGGGACUCAAACUUGGGUCAGCCCAAAUCCCAAACCUUUGCUCUUAACCAUAUGUUCUUCUGCCUCUGGAGAGGAGAGUGACCACCGCCCCACGUGUUACAAAGCCCAAGACCUGGGGGAGGAAGGGGCCCAGGCUGGCCUCUGGUAGGCCUGGAGAAGGCCUUGGGAAAGCACCUCUGGACCAGGGCCAGGAGUGGCAGGCGGGCCCGAGCUGUCCAGGGGCUGUCCAGGGAGCAGGGGCCGGGCCGCGCAAUCAUGCGGAGCCAGAGAUGGGCUGCCCUGCACCUCGGGCCCCAGGCCUGCUCCACCGUGGUGUCCAGUUACGGCCAGCUCGGCGCUUCCCUGGUCACGCCACAUUUAGCAUUGCCGAGUGAGCGGCACCGGGACAUGGAGAAGGGGCGGUGGAGACUCUUGAAGGGGCGGGAGAGCCUCCACCAGGCCCCCACCUGGACCCCAGCUCCUAGCCCCCUCUGCCACUGAUCCUCUGAGGGACUUUGGGCAAUUGUCCUCCCUUCUUUGUCCCCACUACCCCCUUGUCAAAUGAAGGAGAGAGCUUAUUUAACAAAGGUGUACCAACCCCAGGCUGGGCACAUGGGGCCACCAUGGCCAUCCCUCCCUGCCAGAGCUCCUGGGAGAGCAGGGCUGGGGAAAUGCAGUUCUCCUGCUCUGCCGGAGGGGGUCUGUGUGUGUGUAAACCUCGUGCUUUUCUUGUUGUUUGGCGCCUAGCCCAUGCACCCCCCCACUCUGACCCCCAACAAAUGAAGAGACUGAGAGGAGUGUAGCCUUCAGAGUCAGACAGAUCUGGCUUCAAAACUUGACUCUAUCAAGGAUUAGCUAUGCGACUUGGGCAAGUCACUUAACCCCUCUGAGCCUCAGUUUCUUCAUCUGGAAAGUGAGGUUAAUAAUGUCCCUCACUCACGGGAUUAUUCUGACAAACCAAUGAGAAAAUUCUCCUAAUCAUUUACACAGUGGCCAGCCCAGAGCAGGCUCUCAGCAAAGGGUGGCCUUUCUCAGAAACCACUUGGGCAAAGAGGAAUAAAUUCAGGAGAAACUGCCCUUUGCAGAUGGUGGAGAAGGAAGGCAGAGAAGUGAGGGUAGUAGUAGUAAGAACCAUACUAAUGUUAUAAAGCAGAGACUAACACACCAUUGUAAAGCAAUUGUACUCCAAUAAAGAUGUUAAAAAAAAAAAGAACCAUACUAAUAAUGAUGUUAAUAACGAGGGCUGGCAUUUACUGAGCACUUACUACAUGCUAGGCACUGUGCUAAAUUCUUCAUGUGCAUGAUUUCAUUUAAUCCGGCAUCCCCACGAGGGCGGCCCUCUCUCUCUCCCUGUUUUUGCAGAUGAUUGAUGUGGAAGCUCAGAAAGCUUCGCUAACACAGCUAGCAAGGAAAGGCAAAGGCUGGCUUUGAGCUGAGUCCUCUUAACCACUCAACUGUGCUGGGUACAGAGUUCUCCUAUAAUUCUAGAAGGUCUGAACAGCAAGAGCCCUCCAUGUCACCUAGUAUAGGCCCUGAGUUUUUCGAAAGGUGAGUGCAAAGCUCAGAAAGGGCACUGGCCUGCGCAAAGUCCCAGGUACUUUGGAGUGUGGAGGACAUAGGAGAAAACCAAAUAUGCCACACGUUCCACAGUGGGCCGGUGGUGGCAUCCCCAGUGCCGUGGGGGAUGCCGGCCAGGCUCACGGGGCCACGAGGCAUCCAAGUCCCCUCGAGUCCACCUGCCUCUCUCCCUCUGCGUCCUUCAUACUCUGUCUCUCCCAUUGUUUAUCUGCUUCCUUCUGUUUCCGAUGUUCCUCUCAGUUUGUCUGUUUAUCUGUCCCUGUCUGUCUGUUUCCCCCUCUCAUCAGACAUCUGGCUGGAGUCAGGGUCCCAGCCCGGGGAUGGGGUGGGAAUGGAGGUGGUGGACUUGGGCUUGGUCAGCCCUGGACGGUGGUCCUCACACUCAUCACAGCUGGCUUUCUUCGAGGCCAGGACUGGGUGAUGGUGUCGCUACUCCUGCAGCAGUCUGACGUCACGCUGCCGGGCCCCACCAGACUGGAGGGCGAGCCCCAAGGGGACCACAUGCAGGCACCGGGCCUCCCAGGCUCCCCUGCCCCACAGAACAAGCAUGCCGGCUUCAGCUGCUCAUCAUUUGUGCCUGAUGGCCCUCCAGAGAGGGCACCCUCACUGCCUCCACACAGCCCCUGCGCCGCGUCACCGGGUCCCGAGCAGGUCCACUGCCCAGCUGGCCCUGGCCUGGGCCCCUUCCGGCUCUCACCCUCAGACAAGUACCCCGGCUUCGGCUUUGAGGAGGGCCCGGAAAGCAGCCCCGGGCGCUUCCUCAAGGGCAGCCACGUGCCCUUCCAUCCAUACAAGCGGCACUUCCAUGACGACGUCUUCCCUGAGGCCCAGACCGCCUUGGCCCUCGCUGGACACUCCUUUAAGACCCCAGGGGCGCUGGAGGCCUUUGAGGAGAUCCCCACAGAUGUGGGGGAGCGUGAGGCCUUCCUGCCCGGCUUCCCAGCAGAGGCCUGGUGCAACGGGCUCCCCUACCCCAGCCGGGAGCACAGCCCCCAAGUCCUGCAGGAGUCAGAAGUUGAGGUCAAGCCCCCACCUCUGGAGAGCGGUCCAGGCAUGUACUGUUACCAGCCCCCCUUGCAGCAUAUGUACUGUCCUUCCCAGCCCCCCUUCCACCAGUACUCACCAGGUGGCAGCAGCUACCCUGUACCUUACCUGGGCUCCUCACACUAUCCAUACCAGCGGAUUGCACCCCAGGCCAGCACCGAUGGGCACCGACCUCUCUUCCCAAAACCCAUUUACUCCUACAGCAUCCUCAUCUUCAUGGCCCUGAAGAACAGUAAAACUGGGAGCCUUCCCGUCAGCGAGAUCUACAAUUUUAUGACGGAGCACUUUCCUUACUUCAAGACGGCGCCUGAUGGCUGGAAGAAUUCUGUCCGCCACAACCUGUCUCUUAACAAGUGCUUCGAGAAGGUAGAGAACAAAUCAGGCAGUUCCUCUCGCAAGGGCUGCCUGUGGGCCCUCAAUCCAGCCAAGAUCGACAAGAUGCAGGAGGAACUGCAGAAGUGGAAGAGGAAAGACCCCAUUGCCGUGCGCAAAAGCAUGGCCAGGCCAGAAGAGCUGGACAGCCUCAUUGGAGACAAGAGGGAGAAGCUGGGUUCCCCACUGCUCGGCUGCCCACCCCCUGGGCUGGCAGGCUCAGGCUCCAUCCGGCCCCUGCCACCUCCAGCCGGGUUCUCCCAGCCGCUGCAGUCAAUCCACCCAGCUCCGGGCCCCAUUCGUGGCAAGAAUCCCCUGCAGGACCUACUUGGGGGGCACGCACCCUCCUUUUAUGGGCAGACAUAUUCGCAACUCUCACUGGGCCUGGCCCCUCCUGGACCUCUGCAGCCGUUGUUCCCACAGCCAGAUGGUCACCUUGAGCUGCGGGCCCAGCCGGGCACCCCCCAGGACUCGCCUCUGCCUGCCCACACCCCACCCAGCCACAGUGCCAAGCUGCUGGCUGAACCUUCCCCAGCCAGGACCAUACAUGAAACCCUGCUGCCAGACGGAGACCUUGGCACUGACCUGGAUGCCAUCAAUCCCUCUCUCACUGACUUCGACUUUCAGGGAAACCUGUGGGAACAGCUGAAGGAUGACAGCUUGGCCCUUGACCCCUUGGUACUGGUGACCUCACCCCUGACAUCAUCUUCAAUGCUGCCGCCCCAACCCCCAUCCCCAUCCCACUGCUUCCCCGCUGGGCCCUGUCUGGCAGAGACAGGCAGCGGGGCAGGCGACUUGACACCACCAGGCAAUGGGGCCUCCGGGGCAGUGGGGGACCUGCAUCUCACCACCCUCUACUCAGCCUUCAUGGAGCUGGAACCCAUGGCCCCUGCUGGCCCCUCUGUGUACCUCAGCCCCAGCUCCAAGCCCAUGGCCCUAGCAUGAGCUAUGCUCAGCAGCUGCUCCAGCCUUUGCCUGGCCUGGAAGUCCCAGCUGGCCACCCAUGUCGGGCUCACCUUAAAGGUCAAGGAAGGAACACACUCCCUGGCCCCUGUGCCACUAAGCCAACUUGUUUGUUAGCUGGCAGCUGGGGGUGUAGAAGUCACCACCCAGGAUUCUGCCCCUCACACGUUUCUGCCGCCUGGUACACGAGCUCCUCGCUCAGGGCCCCUGAAGAGCAAGUGUCUGGGCAAGAAGAAAAUACAUUCUCCCUAGCUCACACUCAUCCACACUUAAGCCCUCAUGCACGUAUGCACGGGCGCACAUGCACAGACACACACACAUACAGUUAUGCAUACACACACACACACACAUACCUUAUAUCCAGAGGAAUCAGAACUACAUCAGAGCCUGACUUCAUUUUGGGGGCAGCUGAGGGCUUUGGUUACCAAAACUCAGGGCCCGCAUGCCAGGUCCAAGACCACCAUGGAACCCUAUUCUGACGUCCACGUUCUCUGCAGGCCCAUUCCCCUCCAGGCAUGAUCUUUCCCAGAAGCCCCCUGUAUUUAUUCUCCCAUUUUCAUCCCAGCGGCCCAUCAAGAAGGAGGAGAUAUGGAGUUUCUCCCCAGGUUGUCUGUGGACCCACCCCCGGGGUCUGCUAUUCAUCAGCACCCGCCCUGCCAGGCUCUGCCUGUCCUCAACUUAAGCUCUCUCUGGCCUUUCCCAGGAUGACACACAGGAGGGGCAGUGUCCACCCCAGGACCAAACUGAGCCCAAUUCUGACACAAAGUGUUUGGAAAAGCCCUUGCCCUCAGAAACUUGAAAGUGUCCUUUUCUCCCAGCCCUGGGUGCAGGAAGGGCCCCUCCAGGUCACUACAGUCUCACUCCUGAGAAGUUCAUGUAGUUUAGGCCCCAGCUUGUGAAUUACUUCCAGCUGUCUCAGGCAGCCUGGGCAUUCAGGGAAGGGAAGUCUGCUAGAGGCUGGUGGGGCAGCACCCAUGCCCCCUUUC